CCCAGGGCCACUAGUUGCAGAGCCCUCUUUCCAAGCCUGUCCGCCGGUCGCUCGAGUGUGUGUGUGUGUGUGUGUGUGUGUGUGUGUGUGUAUGUCGCGCGGGACGUCACGUGCUCUUUUGGCCCAGCGCCUUGUUUGCAGAGCGAGCGUCCUUCGGCCUGUUGUUUGUUAUUGCAACAAAUGCUGGACGUCCCCCGGGCGCCCUGUCGCUGGAGUUUACCUUCUUGGCAAUCGGCCUGCUUCUGCCUUUCCCGCCUUCCCCGCCUAGGCAACCCUGAUCGCCCCCUUUCUCCUCUCCCUCUCCCCGUCUGCUGCAAUGAUUGAUCACUUCUCGAAAGGCUGCCCUAUCUUGGCAAGCACGAUUUCUGUGCUAGGUGGACUUUAGCUUUCCCUGAUUUGCAUCGCCAGCCUGGCGUGACACAGCUCGGUGAUGAGCAGCCGGGACAAUUAUCGGACGGGGGAGUGGCUGGAGCGACCCGGUGGGUGCAUGAGCGGAGCGCUUUUCCAGCGCUCCUGUGCCUGGAGCUCCAUCUGCGUACGAGUUCGGGAUCCGCCGCUUGCGCUCCCUCGCUCCGCCCCUAUCCGCCCCUAUCUAGGGGCUCCUCCAGCAGAAGGAGCGGAGUCGCGCUUCGGAGGGAAGCUUUCCGUCGCCAACAGCUGCAACGGAUCCACUUGGACCGGAGAGCAGGAAGAGGUGCGCGCCCCCGAUUUGGAGCGUGCAUCGGGGCAAGAAGGGAAUGAGAGAGAGAGAGAAGCACUGAAACUCAGACCUUAUUCCACUUUAUCUUAAACCACCCUGAAUCAAUCAAGAUGGCAUCUUCUUUUGCUUGAAGAAUAUUUCUUGCCAGGCAGAUAGUGACAGCGGUUGCACCAUGGACCAGGAUAACGAGUUACCCAACACCACAGUCUUCUGGUUCCCCUCAACUUCUCAAUUGGACAGUUUCUCCCCAGAGACUCCAGCUACUAAUGUUUCCAUCAACAUCACAAGCCACCAUUAUGACUUGACUAGCAAUGCCAUCCUCACCUUUAUCUACUUUGUGGUGUGCAUUGUGGGCCUCUGUGGAAAUACUCUAGUCAUCUAUGUCAUCCUUCGCUAUGCCAAGAUGAAGACAAUCACCAAUAUCUACAUCCUUAAUUUGGCUAUAGCUGAUGAACUGUUUAUGUUGGGCUUGCCUUUCCUGGCUGUGCAGGUGGCUCUGGUUCAGUGGCCCUUUGGGAAAGUCAUCUGCCGGAUCGUCAUGACAGUGGAUGGAAUCAAUCAAUUCACUAGCAUCUUUUGCCUAACAGUCAUGAGUGUGGAUAGGUAUCUUGCUGUAGUACACCCCAUAAAAUCUGCUAAAUGGAGACGCCCAAGAACAGCAAAGAUGGUCAACGUAGCUGUCUGGGGCAUCUCUCUUCUGGUCAUAUUACCCAUCAUGAUAUAUGCUGGAGUGAUCAAUAAUCAUGGAAACAGUAGUUGCACCAUGAUCUGGCCAGAUGACUCUGGUGUUUGGUAUGCUGCCUUCAUCAUUUAUGCCUUUAUUCUUGGCUUCCUGGUACCCCUAACCAUCAUUUGCCUUUGUUACCUUUUCAUCAUCAUCAAGGUGAAAUCAUCUGGUAUUAGGGUAGGUUCCUCCAAGAGGAAAAAGUCAGAGAAAAAGGUCACCAGAAUGGUCUCCAUUGUUGUUGCUGUUUUCAUCUUUUGCUGGCUGCCCUUCUACAUCUUUAAUGUCUCAUCAGUCUCUGUGUUUAUUGUGCCAACACCUGUCCUCAAGGGCAUGUUUGAUUUUGUGGUGGUCCUCACAUAUGCAAAUAGCUGUGCCAAUCCUAUCCUUUAUGCCUUUCUGUCUGACAACUUCAAGAAGAGCUUCCAGAAUGUCCUCUGCCUGAUGAAAGUUAGUGGCAUUGAUGAAACGGACAGGAGUGACAGCAAGCAGGACAAGGCCAGGCUCAAUGAAGCUACAGAAACCCAGAGAACAUUGCUCAAUGGAGACCUUCAGACAAGCAUCUGAGAAACACCAGCAGUGGUUGAUACAUCUCCAUACUUCUUCAUGGAAGGCAGCAGUCCAUACUGAACGACAGCAAAAGCCGUUAACCCUUCUCUUAAGGGAGUGGCAAAUGUAUGUGACAAAAAGGGCACAGAUGUACAUCACAGCUCUAGGCUAGCUGGUUAUGAAGAUACUAAUCAAAAGAAGAAGAAUAUUUUGGGGUGAUAGACUAGACACACACAUUGGUGUGUGCACAAUAGUACAUGCAUGUAUAAAGGCAUGAUGUGAUCAAGCAUAGUAAAAAUGUUUAUACUAGAUCCAUCAAAGAAUGUCUAUAUUGGAUCCAUCAUACUGCACUGUCUUUAAAAAAAAAAACCUUUACUGGUAAGAUUUUUUCUAGUAUUGAAUUAUUCCAUUUCCAGGAUUUGAAUUAUAAUUUUAAAAUGAUUGGACAAGCGUUAAAUAAACAAGUUCCAAUUCUGAACAAAUUGUAUGAAGCUGGGAUCAUUGACACCCUCUUCCCAUUCUAAAAAUAGAUGCUCUGAAAGUUUUGA